AUGACUGGUCAAUUCAGUGACGUAAAUCCAGAGCGCUGUGCCCACUAUGCAAGAUUUUUCCAACAUCUCGAACUAUGGGAAGCUAAUCUUAUCUUUUGGAGCUUAUUUGGUACAGUUAUUCUCUUACUGUCAAUCGCUUCCAUUAUACACCACAAAUCAAUUGCUCUUGGCGAGGCAACGAAAAAACUUCCAAGAGAAAUAGCCGAAUCACAAGAACAUAAGCUUGCGGUGCGACGACGACGCGUCCGUUACUUAUCUCUUGUCACGCUGUGCGCUUUUUUUUCCGUGACAUGCACCGUUUUUGAGUGUUUUGCAGCGUUCAAUAUUGAAUAUUGUGACGGUGAAGACUUGAUGAUGCUGUACUGGGGGUUCUGGUCAAUCCUGCAGGUUGGCUCCAAUAUCGCCAUUUUGGGCGUUAUUCUGCAGUUUUGGAUUGUUCUCGGUGAUGUCGAGACGCCUAGCUGGGCAGUAGCUCUUGGCACUCCUGUACUUGUCUUCGCCGCACUAGGAUUUGUACUGAAGGAAAUUUGGAAAAAAACAUGGCGCCGAUGUUUCAACCAGGAAAAAAGAAAUCUAUCAGUGGAUAGCAAUGUCACGGUAGACGAAGAAGAAAAAGGCACAGGGCCGUUGAUCAGCCAAGUACCCACAAUAGUGCCUAUCGAAGGUGCAUCUAGAAAUGGCCGACAGAUUCAUUCUUUUUGGUCGCGCGACCUUCAUUAUUUGAUUAGUUCCAUCGUUAACGAUCACCCAAAUGAGGAUGAAGACACUCUCGAAGAUCAAAAUCAUACCUUCAAUGACCAAUACAAACCACCUAAUAGCAUGACUAGGCGCAUGACCAACCGUAUGACAGGUCGGAUCACCAUGCACAAAGGUCAGCGUCGUCACUCGGUAGCACCCUGA